ACAAGCGACUAGCUUCGGCAAACAUCGUCAUCUGCCGUGAACUGAGACUCGGAGAAGGAUGGAGGAAGAGGCACGCAAGCUUCUCGAGGAAGGAAUAAGAAAGAAAUUGGUCAGUCCCGGCAAUGGACAGCUGUCGACCUUCCCCAAUGGCACCAAGGUGGUCUUCCACUACCGCACCAGCCUCUGUGAUGGCACAGUACUGGAUGACUCCAGGACCAUGGGGGGCAGCAGCAAACCAAUGGAGCUCAUCUUGGGCAAGAAGUUUAAACUAGCUGUGUGGGAGAGAGUGGUCAUCACCAUGAAACAAGGAGAAAUAGCAGAAUUUACCUGUGAGACCAAGCACACAUCACUAUACCCACUCGUGUCCCAGUCCCUGAGGAACAUCAGUGCUGGUAAGGACCCCCUGGAAGGCCAGAGGCACUGCUGCGGCAUCGCCCAGAUCCACUCCCACCACUCUCUGGGGCACAAGGACCUGGAUAACCUCCAGGCCAGUCCUCAGCCUCUUCUUUUCACCAUUGAGCUGCUUGAGGUUCUGCCUCCAGGGUCGUUCCAGCUGGACGUGUGGGCCAUGUCAGAUGAAGAAAAACUCGACCUCGUGCCUCAGAUCCACGAGGAGGGCAACCUGCUCUUCAAACAAGGCCAAAUUCAGGAGGCCACUGACAAGUAUUACAAUGGCAUCGCCUGCCUCAAAAAUCUACAGAUGAAGGAGCAUCCUGGAGAUGAAGCGUGGGUUAAGUUGGACCACAUGAUCACACCGCUUCUCCUCAACUACUGCCAGUGCAAGUUACUCCAAGGGCAGUACUACGAGGUUAUUGAACACUGCUCAUCCUUGGUCUUCAAAUAUGAGGAUAAUGUGAAGGCCUUCUACAAGCGAGCAAAGGCCCACGCUGCAGUGUGGAACGAGACGGAGGCACGAGCAGACUUUACUAAGGUGUUGGAUUUGGACCCCUCCCUCGGACCGUCUGUAGCCAAGGAGUUGAGGGCCAUGGAGGAGAGGAUCCGCUCCAAGGAGAAGGAGGAGAAGGGUCGCUACAAAGGCCUAUUCAACUACAACGGUCCACCAGCUACUGCCACCACAGUCAGUCCUGUUUGAGGUUGAAUCUCUCAUUGGGUUGGAGACAAGUGGAUGCCUGUGAAUUUCAAGAUGGAGGAGAAACAGUAAACACUGCUGGUGUUUUCAUUUUAUCCAAGAUGCACACAAGCCAAACACUCUGCUCUUCAUGGAAACAUUCUCUCACUGUCAGGUUGUACACAAACGCACCCGCAAUCCACCGAGGUGCAAUUUGCAUUCCUGCCUUAUUCCUCUAAACUACAGUUAUUUAAUUGGAAAUGCCAUUUUUUUGAUUGGGAGACACUGACACUCAAAAUCCCACUGUAACGUAGGUUUUUACUGGCCAGCAGAAAUAUUCAUUCAGAGCGUCGUGGUCCUCAAUCCAAAACGUAUCUCCAAUUUCUUACUGAGCCUUUUUCAGAAAUGUCAAUUCUUGGCAAAUGACCUGCAAAAGAUUUUUUUUUUUUUCACGAUUUAUUGAUAAAUUUAUCACUGCUUGUUGAAAGUCAAUAUAUAGCAAUUUAUAUAUCAAACAUCAAUUUACCACUGUAUUUGAAACAAUUAUUUUACACAUUUAAUGUUGUAUUGCUUUCACUGAUAUGUGCAAAGCUUUUGGGUAACCUUAAAAUUACUUGUACAACGAAAAAAUCAUUUUCUUUUGCACAAGGAACAUGAUGUACUCACACAGACCUCUGCCUUGCACGGUUAGAGCACGUUUUCCAUUUCGGUCAAUAGACUAAGCAGGAGCGACUGGUAAAUUGAACAGUCUACGAGACAAUCACUAUUUAACACACAUGGAAUUGAUUUCUUUGCUUUCUUCUGUGUACCUGUUUCUUGUAUGUACGAAAUACUACCAUUAUGUUGUUUUUGUCAAGAUGUACUGAUCGAAAACCCUCAGUUUCUCUUUCACGUGCUUGAAAAGAGCUAUGCUUGCUUUUCAUGUGAGGCAGAGCCAUUAUGUUGUCAGAAGUGAGAUGUUAUUGAGGUUGUGAUUAUGUACCUGAAAAUAAACUUGUUUAUCAUCAA